AUGGGAGUGAUGGACUACAAGAAUGACGGGCUCUCUACGGAGAUGCCCAUCAAAAAUGAACUGUCCGCGACGGAGGAGGGCACGAUGACCCACGGUCACAAUACCAGCCUUCACCGCGACCUCAAAGCCCGUCACAUUACGAUGAUUGCCAUUGGUGGCGCUAUUGGUACUGGUCUGAUUAUCGGAACGGGUUCGGCUCUGGCAAAGGCUGGCCCCGCUUCCAUCCUCAUCUCCUACUCCGUCGUCGGUUUCGUCGUUUACCUCGUCAUGUGCGGUCUCGGUGAGAUGGCCUCUUGGCUACCUCUUCCUUCGGGCUUCACUGGUUAUGCCACGCGUUUCGUUGAUCCUGCCAUGGGUUUUGCUAUUGGUUACACAUACUGGUUUAAAUAUAUAAUCGUCACGCCAAAUCAGUUAACAGCCGGCGCGUUGGUCAUACAGUAUUGGAUAGAUGCAGAAAGGGUCAAUCCCGGCGUAUGGAUCACGGUGUUCCUUGUGUGCAUCGUCUGCAUCAACUACUUCGGAGUCAAGUUCUUCGGAGAGUUUGAAUUCUGGUUGUCCUCCUUCAAAGUCAUCGUCAUUCUCGGCCUGAUUCUGCUGUCCUUCAUCCUGAUGCUCGGAGGAGGCCCCGACCAUGACCGUAAAGGUUUCCGCUACUGGAAGGAGCCCGGCGCGUUCAACACCUACAUCGACGAUGGCGCGGCCGGCCGAUUCUACGCCUUCUGGGCCACCAUGGUCUCUGCCACCUUCGCCUACCUCGGUACCGAGUUGGUCGGUGUGACCGUCGGCGAGGCGCAGAAUCCUCGCAAGACCAUCCCCCGCGCUAUCAAGUUGACCUUCUACCGGAUCGUCGUCUUCUACGUGGUCAGCGUCCUGCUCGUGGGCACGCUCGUCCCGUACAACUCCGAUGAACUCAUUUUCGCCGCCAAGCAGAGCAACUCGGCGGCCGCCUCUCCCUUUGUUGUGGCCAUCCAGCUGGCCAAGAUCCCCGUCCUCCCUCACAUCCUGAAUGCCUGCAUUCUGCUCUUCGUCUUCUCCGCCGCCAACUCCGAUCUAUACAUCGCCACUCGUACUAUCUACGGUCUCGCGAAGGAGGGCAAGGCGCCCGCCCUCCUCGCCCGCACCGACAAGCGCGGUGUGCCCGUCAUUGCGCUCGGCCUGUGCUCCGCCAUCGCCUGUCUCGCCUACAUGAAUGUGUCUAGCGACUCCAAGACUGUGUUCGGCUACUUUGUCGACCUGGUCACCAUCUUCGGUCUGCUGACCUGGGUUUCGCUGCUCGUCACGCACAUCUAUUUCGUGCGGGCCCGCAAGGCCCAGCGCGUCCCGGAAUCGGACCUUGCCUACAAGGCUCCGUUCGGCGUCAUCGGAUCCUACGGCGCCCUUGCCUUCUGCAUCCUCAUCUGCUUUACCAAGAGCUACGACGUCUUCACCUACAACGAGGAAUGGGGCCACUUCAACUACAAGAAGUUCAUCACCGCCUACCUCGGUAUCCCACUUUACCUGAUUCUCAUCUUCGGCUACAAGUUCACUACCGGCUCCAAGGGCGUCAACCCGCAUGAGGCCGACCUCUGGACCGGCAAGGAGGAGAUCGACCGCGAGGAACAGGAGUUUCUGGCCUGGAAGGCGGCUCACGAGGAGCAGCAUGCCGGUGCGAACUGGUUCUAUCGGAAGUUCGUAUCGUGGCUGUUCUAG